AUGACUGAAAGAGGCAUAUCUCUCGGCUCCGCCUCCCACAACAACAAGGCCGGCCUUCAAUUCCCCAUUAGCUGUAUUGCUCGCUUCCUCAAAUCCGACAAGUACGCCAAGCGUGUCGGCGCAGGAGUUCCCGUCUACCUCGCCGCUGGGGUUUUGGAAUUGGCCGGUAACGCAGCCAGGGACAACAAGGAGACUCGGAUUGUAAAACGUCACAUCCAGUUGGCCGUCAGGAACGACGAGGAGCUCGACUUAUUUGCUGUCAAAGACUCUGUGGAGCUUACUAAUGAGAAGAAAGCUGCAUUCUUGACUUCGUCGGUGAUGAGGUGUUUUGUGGAACCUAAGCUUGAAAAAGUCAUUGAUGAGGAAAAUUUCUCAUUCGUCAUUGAUGGAUGA